AUGGGUGUUGGACUCACUAGUGAGGUUGGCGGUUGUGUGGACGCUGGGGGGGGAGGUGCGGGUGAGGGAUUCUGCAUUGAUGUUUGCUCCGGUAAGGUGGUCGGUGGGCGGGGCUCAGACACUGUUGCCGGUGGGCCCCUUUGCCCGUGGUCGGGCGGUGGGGAGGCCGUCGGAGCUGUGCCUGUAGAAGACGUGCUCGAAGGAUCAUGUAAAGGAGACGGUGGAGCUGGAUGA